UGUGCGCUCUACUUCAGCAUGUAAUGGUCUAGAGUUGUAUUGCAGAGCCCCUGCAGUUGCCUAAAAUGAAUCCAUCUCUUACCUGAAGGAACCUCUGGAGGAUAUGAUGUGCUGAUUGUGUAUGCAAGUGAUGCCACUGAAUGGUGUCAGUACCUCCAGAAUCUCUUCCUCUCUACUCAGCACAUACGAAAGCAUCGGAUUCGGAGCUACCAGGUAGAAAGUGAGUCUGCAAUUUCCCGCCAGGAGCUGGAUCUGUUUGGAAGAAGUCGGAGCAUCAUCGUUUUGCUCUCUGCUGAACUGGUGCAGAAUUUUUAUCUUCCUCCUGUCCUGCAGAGCCUUCAGGAAGCUUUGUGGCCCCCACACAAAGUAGUCAAGUUGUUCUGUGGUGUUACAGACUGUGAUGACUAUUUGACCUUUUUCAAGGACUGGUCUCAGUGGCAAGAAGUCACGUAUGAUGAUGAGCCUGAUGCUUACCUUGCAGCUGUCAAGAAGGCUAUUUCAGAAGACUCGGGCUGUGACUCUGUGACUGAUACAGAGGCAGAAGACGAGAAGAACCCAGUUUAUUGCUCCAGACUUGCCAUGGAUGAAGAGCAUGGGUCAUGGAAGAGCAUGGAAGACCAUCCAGUGGUGCAGCCUGACCACAUACGUUGUGGGGUGCAGACAACAGUUUAUAUUAUCAUGAAAUGUAAACUUGAUGGCAAAGUGAAAACUGAAGUUGAAUUCUCUCCAGAGAACGCAUCAUCUGUGCGUGUGCUGGCCAAGAUGGAGAAUGAGUACACAAUCUCUGUGGAGGCUCCAAAUUUAACCUCUGGGACAGUGCCUAUGCAGAUAUAUUCAGGGGACUUGAUGGUGGGAGAAACAAGCAUCACCUAUCAUACUGACAUGGAGGAAAUCAGCAGUCUGUUGGCUAAUGCAGCUAACCCAGUGCAGUUCAUGUGCCAGGCCUUUAAAAUUGUGCCGUACAGCAUAGAAGCACUGGACAAACUGCUGACUGAGUCACUAAAGAAGAACAUUCCUGCCAGUGGCUUACACCUGUUUGGAAUCAACCAGCUGGAAGAAGAAGAUAUGACAACAAAUCAGAGGGAUGAAGAGUUGCCAACACUGCUUCACUUUGCUGCAAGAUAUGGGCUGAAGAACCUCACCGCCUUGCUGCUUACGUGCCCCGGAGCACUGCAGGCCUACAGCGUAGCCAACAAAUAUGGUCACUAUCCGAACACCAUAGCAGAAAAGCAUGGCUUUAAAGACCUCCGCCAGUUCAUUGAUGAAUAUGUGGAAACUGCAGAUAUGCUGAAGAGUCACAUUAAGGAAGAGCUGAUGCAAGGCGAGGAGGAUGAGUCUGUUUAUGAGUCCAUGGCUCAUCUGUCCACUGACCUGUUGAUGAAACGUUCCCUGAAUCCUGGCUCCGACGAAGAGCUCUAUGAAUCCAUGGCUGGCUUUGUCCCUGGUGCCCCAGAAGACCUUUAUGUAGAGAUGCUUCAGUCCAAACCAGACACUCCAAUUGACAGAGAUGAAGUUUCUCUAACUACAAAAGACUCAAUGCUCCGCAAGUUUUUAGAAGGCAGUAGCGUGGAUGUGCCAGAUUCGGAGGAAGGAGCGUACCAGCGGUAUGGUGAGGGAGAUCUCUACUAUACAGUGGAACAAAAUACCGUUCCACAGGAAAUGGCUGGCAGACCUCCAGUUCCUGUUCCAAGACCUGAAUCCAGCUCUCCACAGCCAGACAAUGAGCUGUACAUCUCCAAAAUUUUUGCACAGAAAGCUCAAAGACCUGAGAACCUCUAUGUCUCUAGAGGAAGGGUUAAGAAAGAGCCAGCAGUCAGGCCUGUAAGGGACCUGUCUCAGUCAAGCAUAUAUGAUCCAUUUGCUGGAAUGAAAACCCCAGGUCAACGGCAGCUGAUUACAUUACAAGAACAAGUGAAGAUGGGAAUACUCAACGUUGAUGAAGCUGUUCUUCAUUUUAAGGAGUGGCAACUGAACCAGAAAAAGAGAUCAGAAUCAUUCAGGUUCCAGCAGGAAAAUCUGAAACGACUGCGAGACAGCAUAACGCGGAGGCAAAUGGAGAAGCAAAAAACAGGCAAAAGCGCAGAUUUGGAAAUAACUGUGCCCAUUCGGCAUUCUCAUAACACUCUGGGGAAACCAGAAUGUGGCAUAUAUGAAUAUGCCCCUAGGAAAAACCUUUUCCCACCAAAAAAGGAGAUAAAGCGAGGAGACUGGAAAACAGAAAGCACGUCAAGCACAACAAGUAGCACGAGUAACCGUUCCAGCACUCGGAGCAUAUUGAGCGUCAGUAGUGGGAUGGAAGGGGACAGUGAGGACAACGAAGUCCCAGAAGCAGCUAGAAGCCACAGCCCUGUUGCCUGCCAACCAGAGAGGCUGUCUCUCCCACCGCUUGAAAGGCCUCCCAGAGUGCCUCCCCGAGGUGCAAGCAGGCCCAUAAGCAGUGAAGGUUUUUAUCCUCCACCUGUGCCCCCAAGAGGUCGCUGAAUCUCUCAACAUCUGUGGAAUAUGAAAUUUUUCUGUUUGGACGUAUUUGUACAGAUAUCUUCGGGUUGUUUUAAAUUAUUUAUAAGUGGGAGCCAAAUGUUUUCUUCCCCUUCCUCCACCAUAAAGCUCUGGUGACUUUUC